CCAGGUGUGCUCCCGCCGCCCUGCACUGCCCAGCACAGGGCACUGGACCGGACGGGGCGGACACCCGGAGGAGCGGGCGGAGGCAGCCGGACCCGGCGGGGAUCCCGGACCAGGACCCGGUCCCGGCCCGAUGCGAUGGUGACCAAUCCUCCACGUGUCCUGACCGCACUAAGUGCUGAGCACCAUCGAUAACCCCACACCAGUGGCACCACACAGCAUGAGGCUAUUGUGGUGCACGUGUCUCUUGCUGGUGCUCACCCUGGCCUCGCUGGGUGCUGGCGCCUGGCAGUGUCCCCGCAUCCCUUACAGCUCCACCAGGAACUUCUCUGUCCCCUACACGCUGCCCAGCCUCGAUGCUGGCAGCCCCGUGCAGAACGUUGCCAUCUUCACCGACCCCACCGGCCCGGCUGCUGUCUUCGUGGCCGUCCGCAACCGGAUCCUGGUGAUGAGCCCCGAGCUGCGCCUCCUCUCCGUCCUCAUCACCGGCCCUGUGGGCAGCGCUGAAUGUGAGGUCUGCCGCCUGUGCCCAGCUGCUGUGGACAGCCCUGAGGACACCGAUAACAUCCUGCUGCUGCUGGAUCCAUUGGAGCCAUGGCUGUACAGCUGUGGCACAGCACGGCACGGGCUGUGCUACCAGCACCAGCUGGAGGUGCGGAAUGGCAAGGUGGCCAUCGCAGCCACACACUGCCUGUACUCAGCCAUGGGCAACAGCCCCGCAUCCUGCCCCGACUGUGUGGCCAGCCCCCUGGGGACCAGUGCCACCGUGGUGGCCACUUCCUAUGCUUCUUUCUUCUACCUUGGCUCCACCAUCAACAGCAGUGUGGCGGUGCGGUACAGCCCGCAGUCGGUGUCCGUCCGCAGGCUGAAGGGCACCUUGGAUGGGUUUUCAGAUGACUUCCAGUGGCUGACAGUGCUGCCGCAGUACCGGGACAACUACACCAUCCACUACGUGCACUCCUUCGCGGAUGGGGACCACGUCUACUUCCUGAUGGUGCAGCCAGAGAGGCCAGGCCUGGGGACGUACCACACGCGCCUGGCGCGACUCAGCACCCAUGAGCGCGACCUCCGCCGCUACUGUGAGCUUGUCCUUGACUGCCGCUUCGAGUCCAAGCGGCGGCGGAGGCGCAGCGGUGAGGAGGGUGCUGAGCGGGACGUUGCCUACAACGUGCUGCAGGCAGCACAUGCUGCCCGCCCCGGCGCACGCCUGGCCCGAGACCUCGGCAUCAAUGACACCGACACCGUGCUCUUUGGUGCCUUCGCCGAGAGCCACACGGAGAGCCGGGUGCCGCGAGCGGACUCAGCCGUCUGUGCCUUCCCCCUGCGCCUCCUCAACCAGGCCAUGGAGGAGGGCAUGGAGAAGUGCUGCGGCACCGGGCACCAGCCUCUGCUGAGGGGACUCAGCUUCUUCCAGCCAGUGGAGUACUGCCCGCACAAUGUAAACCUCUCGGCACCAGUGGUCAACACCAGCUGUUGGGACAAGCCCACCCUCGUCCCUGCCGCCUCCCAUAAGGUGGACUUGUUCAAUGGGCAGCUGGCCGGAGUCCUCCUCACCUCCAUCUUCGUCACCGCGCUGGGGGACGUCACCAUGGCUCACAUGGGCACAGCAGAGGGACGGGUAUUCCAGAUGGUGCUCCAGCGCUCCAGCUCCUACCUCCUCACCUUGGCCAACUUCUCCCUGGGGGAGCCGGGGCCGGUGCGGGGUGCUAUGGGGCUGCAGAGCCACUCGCUGUUCUUCGCUGCCGGCACCAAGGUGUGGCGCCUGAACGUCACCGGCCCCGGAUGCCGCCACUUCACCACGUGCCAGCGCUGCCUGCGUGCCGAGCGCUUCAUGGGCUGCGGCUGGUGCGGUGAUGUCUGCACUCGCCACCACGAGUGCCAGGGGCAGUGGGUCCAGGACAGCUGCCCGCCCGUCCUCACUGACUUCCACCCCCAGAGUGCCCCACUGCGGGGCCGGACACGGGUGACACUGUGUGGGAUGACCUUCCGCUCCCGCCCGGACCCCGACCCCUGCCGCAGCCCCCAUGGAGCCUGCCGGGUGCUGGUGGGACAGCGAGGCUGCACUGUGCUGCCAGAGGAGAGCAAGAGCCACAGACCUCUGCCCACCUCCCACCGUAAAGACUUUGUGGAUGUGCUGGUGUGCGAGCUGGAGCCGGGGGGCCCAACAGCAGCAGAGGGACCUGCUGAUGUGGUGCUCACUGUGGAGGAACCUGCUGGACCCUCUGGUUUCCCUGGCUUCCGUGUCCGUGGCUCUGCCACCCUUGGGGGCUUCCUCUUCGUGGAGCCCCGUGUCAAUGCCCUGCACCCCACGUUCGGCCCCCAGGGGGGUGGCACCUCCCUCUCGCUCUCUGGCACCCACCUCUUGGCAGGGAGCAGCUGGCAGGUGAUGGUCAAUGGCUCUGCAUGUCCCCUGUCCAGGCAGCCCAGCCACAGCCGCCGUGUCCCCAGGCAGGGUGACGGGGCCAUUCGGUGCACGACUCCUUCUGCCGGUGGCCUGGGCACAGCCCGGGUGUCCCUAUGGAUUGAUGGGGAGGAGUUCCCGGCACCCCUGCCCUUCCAGUACCGCACCGACCCCUCAGUCUCGGCUGUCAUUCCCAGCUGCAGCUAUGAGGGCUCAAUGCUCACCAUCAUUGGCACUCACCUGGACUCGGUGUAUCGUGCCAAGAUCCGCUUUGAAGCCAGCGGUGUGAAGACCAAACCCACGGAGUGUGAGAUCCCGCUGUCACCGGCACGGGUGCUGUGCCGCAGCCCUGCAUUCCCCAUGGAGAGCAAGGUGGAGAUGACGUUGGGGAACCUGAGCGUGCUGCUGGACGGUGCCACCGACCGCUGGCUCUUCCGCCUCCCCUACUACCCCCGGCCCAAGGUCUUCCCCUUGGAGCAAGAGGGUGGGCGCCUCCGCCUCAAGCCUGGUGACGAUGAGAUCGAAGUGCACCAACUGGGGCUGGAUGCAGUGGCUGCCUGCAUGAACAUCACCAUGACAGUGGGGGGCCGGGACUGCCACCCCAAUGUGCUGAAGAACGAGGUGACGUGCCGCCUGCCCCGCGAGCUGCGCCUGCCCCCAGCCGGGGCCCCCGUGGAGAUCUGUGUGAACAGUGCCUGUGAGGCGCUGGGCUGGGUGCUGUCCCCUGCCGUCUCCUUGGACCUGGCCUCCAGCCUGGCCCUGGGCAUCAGUGUCACCGUCCUGGUCUGCGGCAUCCUGGCUGCCAUGCUGCUUCGCUGGCACUUGAGGAAGAGGAGGGGGACGGAGAACCUGGAGCUGCUGGUGCAGCCCGGCCGCAGCGACCCCCCUGCCACCACCCAGCGCCCUGGUGUUGACUACAGGGAGGUGCUGGUGCUGCCCACAGCAGGCACUCCCGGCCCAGCACUGCCCCGGCCACGGUUCACUGGUGCUGGUACCGCUGCUGGUGCUGGUAUGGCGGCCGGUGGCUCCCCUGUGCCCCUGCUCAGGGCCACAUCCUGCUGCCUGGAGGACCUGCGGCCAGAGCUGCUGGAGGAAGUGAAGGACAUCCUCAUCCCUGAGGAGCGGCUCGUCACCCACCGACACCAGGUCAUCGGCAAAGGACACUUUGGCAGCGUCUACCAUGGCACCUACUCGGACCCGCUGCUGGGGGACCUCCACUGUGCCGUCAAGUCCCUGCACCGCAUCACCGACGUGGAGGAAGUGGAGGAGUUCCUGCGUGAGGGCAUCCUCAUGAAGAGCUUCCACCACCCCCAGGUGCUGUCUCUGCUGGGGGUGUGCCUGCCCCGCCAUGGGCUGCCCCUCGUCGUCCUGCCCUACAUGCGCCACGGGGACCUGCGCCACUUCAUCCGCGCACAGGAGCGGAGCCCCACAGUGAAGGAGCUCAUCGGCUUUGGGCUGCAGGUGGCUCUGGGCAUGGAGUACCUGGCCCAGAAGAAGUUUGUGCAUCGGGACCUGGCAGCCAGGAACUGCAUGCUGGACGAGACACUGACAGUGAAGGUGGCUGACUUCGGGCUGGCACGGGAUGUAUUUGGCAAGGAGUACUACAGCAUCCGGCAGCACCGCCAUGCCAAGCUGCCCGUCAAGUGGAUGGCACUGGAGAGCCUCCAGACCCAAAAGUUCACCACCAAGUCGGAUGUGUGGUCCUUCGGGGUGCUCAUGUGGGAGCUGCUGACACGGGGAGCAUCACCAUACCCCGGGGUGGACCCUUAUGACAUGACUCGCUACCUGCAGCGGGGGAGACGCCUGCCGCAGCCCCAACACUGCCCCGACACCCUGUAUGGGGUGAUGCUGAGCUGCUGGGCACCGGCACCGGAGGAGAGACCGUCCUUCACUGGGCUGGUGGGUGAGCUGGAGCAUGUCCUGGCCACGCUGGAGGGUGAGCUCUAUGUCAAUCUGGCUGUCACCUAUGUCAACCUGGAGCGUGGCCCCCCCUUCCCUCCUGCCCCUCUGGGGCUGUUGCCUGAUGAUGAAGGUGAGGAUGAGGAUAAUGAGGAGGAGGACAAAGAGGAUGAGGAAGAGGAAGAGGAGGAAGAAGAGGGGACAGCUGUGCUUUGAUGGAAUGCUCUGCACCGUGGGGACCACUGGAUCCCCAUACACUAUGAGCACGCUUGACCUAGGAGGGAUGCAGCGUGCAGCUGGGUGCUAUGUGGCACUCUCCCUAUGGGAUGGGUGCUGAGAGGCAGCUGAGUGCUGUGGGAUGCUAUCCCAUGGCUCACACCUGGACCUUGCUGAGUGCUCCCCAGGCUUGUCCCUACAACACAGGGUGUCAUGGGGCUCUGUCCUGCACUGGCUGGGUUCUGGGGGCUCAGCCCCACAGUAGCUGGGUGCUGUGUGGCCCCAGGAUCAGCCCCACAAUAGUGAGCCUCUGCUGUGGGGCCCCGGCAGAUGCCAUAGGGUCAGCUGGGCUACCCAUGGGUGCCUUGGUGUUUCCAGUCCCUUGGCUGCUGGAAUGGCUCAUUAAAACCUAUUUCUGUUUUUA